AUGGCCGGACUAAAGAUCGUAUCAACCCUAGCGCUUCUUUCCGUGGUGUCAGCUGGUCACCUCGGGAGCUUCCAAUCCUCCGCCGGAUACAACGCGUUUGGCGCCAAUGCUUACAACCCUGGCUCGGCUUCUGCAUACAAUGGCGGAUAUGGGGCACAUAUCCCCAUAUUGAGAUACGAGAAUGUAAACAGUGGUGAUGGAACUUACAGAUACAGCUAUGAGACUGGAAAUGGGAUAUCGGCGCAUGAAAGUGGAGCCCCACGUGCCCCUGGACCUGAAGGUCUUGCAGUGACAGCUGAGGGUGGUUUCUCGUACCGCGCUCCUGAUGGCCAGCAAAUCUCCCUCACCUACACCGCUGACGAGAACGGCUUCCACCCCGUCGGCUCCCACAUCCCUACACCACCUCCGAUCCCAGAAGCUAUCCUCCGCUCCAUUGAAUACAACAGACAACAUGGUUCAUCUGGCGAGGGUCGCUACCACCACGGCUACAACUACUGAACACAUAGCGACAGACAACCGACGACUCACGACAGAAUGAACGCAUAAAGCACCGAUUGUUAUAAGCAUCACUAUUUAUUCCAUUAUUACAUGUUACUUGUUAUUAUGGGC